AUGACCCUGGGAUUUCCCCCAUAUAUACAAUUUGUGAGUUUAUCAGAAAUUGGUGAACAAAUUCGAAGCAAAUGGUUUCCAGUUGAUCGUUUCAAACCGAUAGGAUAUGAUCCGGAGGGUCCUAGUAGAUGGAACUACUCUGUCUUUUUGUAUUACUUGAAACUGGUUGAAGUUCAAGAACCACAAGAAAAGGUGUCAGUGGUUCUAGAAAUUAUGGAGGGAUGGUUCGACCCAAGACUCAGCUGGGAUCCAGCAUCACAUGGAAAUAUAUCUUCAAUCUAUACGAGACAAGAUAAGAUAUGGAGUCCAACGCUGACUUCAUUUGGAGUAGAUGAUAUCAUAGAUUUCCGCGAUCCAGAUUUUCGAAUUGCUAACGUUGACUUCGCGGGAACGAUUAGCAACUACGUUUCGGUUCGUGUGUCAGCUAAUUGCAGAAUGGAUGUCUCAUUGUUUCCUUUUGACACUCAAAAGUGCCAAAUAUAUUUCUGCUUGCCCUUAUUCAAUAUCAAGCAAGUAGAAAUCAGCAACGAAAUUUAUGAAGGUCUAGUCAGAAAGAACGUAAUAUCUGAAAUGGGAAACUCAGAAUGGACAAUGAUAAAUCUCACUAAUAGAGUGGACACGGUUGCUUAUGAUGACAAUUUUGGGAACAUGGACUUGGCGGUUUUUGAAAUCACUAUCCGCCGAAACCCUCUCUACUACAUUUACAUGAUUGUUUUCCCUUCAUUCAUCAUUAACGUCAUCUCCAUUAUUGGUGUAUUUCUGAAAAAUGCUGACAAGAUGUCAAAGCUCAAUGUUGGGCUCACGAACAUUAUGACAAUGACAUUCAUUCUUGGUGUGAUGGCUGACAAAAUCCCUCGAACCGGAAUUAUCCCUUUGCUUGGGAUCUACAUCAUCAUCAACCUCGUUAUCAUGGUUUUGGCAAUUGCAGUUGUGACAGUAAUCACAGAGUUCAGGGAAUGGGCAGUUCCCCGUUUGAAACUUAAGCGUGGAUCUGUCAGCAGGAAGCUAGAAAUAUUCCUUGGCUCUCCUCUCGAGUACACUUGUGCAAUUUUAUUAGAACUACUGACAACCGCUAACUUCUUUGUAAUGAUUGGAUUUUGUUAUUUAGUGCUCUUUAAUCUGAAAGCUGUAUUUUGUUUUUAUGAGAAUAAAUCUUAUUACGUCGCCGAAUGGAAUGAUUUUCUGAACCAUCAACAACGAUUAAUGUCGCAUUUGUUCCAAAAUUAUGAUAGCACUGUGGCUCCGGUCUACACAAAGUUGGAUAUCACAAAACCGAUCGGAUAUAACCCAUUGGCUCCCACUCGGUUCAAUUACACUGUCUACUUGUAUUACCUAAAACUGGUAGAGGUUAUAGAACCCGAGGAAAAAGUCUCCGUUGUUCUAGAAAUGGCAGAAUACUGGUAUGACCCUCGUCUUGCUUGGGACGCCUCGUCGUACGGUGAAAUUCAAAUGCUGCAUUUGAGACAAGAUAGAGUCUGGAGUCCUACAAUAGCGUCGUUUAGAAUAAAUGAAAUUGCUGAUUUCCGAGACCAAGACUUUCGAAUGGUAUGUGUUGAGAAUACAGGUCAUGUCUACACUUCCCUUACGUUGAAAGUAUCUCUAAACUGCCCAAUGAACGUGGGAAGAUUUCCUUAUGACUCUCAAACUUGUGUUAUUCAAUUCUGCAUGCCGUUGUUUUUCAUGCAGCACGUAGAAUUAUUCAAUUCCAUCUAUCAAGGUAUUCUGAACAGGACAAUCUGGGAAAAGAUGGGAAACUCCGAAUGGGAUUUGGUGAAUCUCACGAACCGCGUUGAGCUUCUCAGUUAUAACGAUGGAGUCGGGGACAUGCAGCUAGCCACUUUUGAAAUCAAAAUUCAAAGAAAUCCUAUGUACUACAUCUACAUGAUAGUGUUCCCUUCCUUCAUCAUCAAUGCACUAUCUAUUAUAGGGCUCAAUGUUGGGCUGACAAACAUUAUGACAAUGACAUUUAUACUUGGAGUGAUGGCUGACAAGAUUCCAAAAACUGGGUCCAUACCAUUGUUAGGAAUCUACAUAAUCAUCAAUCUAUUCAUCAUGAUAUUCGCCGUCGGGAUCACAUCAAUACUUGCAGAACUGCAAAAAUGGGCAAUUCCCAAGUUGAAAGCGAAAAAAAGUAGGCUCAACAGGAAGCUGGAAUAA